CCGAGGUCUGAGGAGGAGGAGGAGGAGGAGGAGGGGAAUGAGACUGCUGGAUGUAGAGCUCAGACCGUGGAGCGCCGAGCACCGUGGGCUUUUAUUUUUAUUUUUUCUACUACGGGGACUGUUUGGAACCUCUCCUUGUUUCUGUAAGAUGCAGCACUGAUGAGUGAAGCACAACAAAGACACCUGAAACAUCAACCGUCCGCAGAAACAGUGGAAUACAGGCAGACACUCCAGAGGGACCUCGGAGACGCACAUUUUCCACUAUGAACCGCGCCUUCAACAGGAAAAAAGAUAAAUCAUGGAUGCACACCCCGGAAGCACUGGCCAAGCAUUACAUACCCUACAAUUGCAAGUUCCUCGGAAACACAGAGGUUGAAGCCCCGAAAGGCACAGAAGUUGUAAAGGAUGCAGUCAGAAAGCUAAAGUUUCAGAGACAUAUCAAGAAGUCAGAGGGACAGAAGACCCCCAAAGUGGAAUUACAGAUCUCCAUUUAUGGUGUGAAGAUACUGGAUCCCAAGACAAAAGAUGUGCAGCAUAACUGUCAGUUACACAGGAUCUCCUUCUGUGCGGAUGACAAAACUGACAAAAGGAUAUUUACUUUCAUCUGCAAAGACUCGGAGUCCAACAAACACCUCUGCUAUGUGUUUGACAGUGAAAAGUGUGCGGAAGAGAUAACUCUCACAAUCGGUCAGGCGUUCGACUUGGCCUACAAGAAGUUCCUUGAGUCCGGAGGCAAAGACGUGGAAACCAGGAAACAGAUUGGGACCCUGCAGAAAAGAAUUCAAGAGCUGGAAACGGAAAACACUGAGCUAAAGCAACAGCUUCAGGAUCUUGAAGAGCAGCUGAUGAUAUCUCAUGUGCCACCAGCAGGGAGUAUCUCCAUGAAACCAAAGUCUACAGACGUAUUCGACAUGGUUCCCUUCUCCCCUGUGACACCGCUGGUUCCCACAAUGGCCAGUAACGGCUGCCCACCACCACCACCGACCACAUUACCACCAGACAUAAGGACAGACCUGUUUGGAGCGGCGCCGUUUGAUCCGUUCACCUGCGGGUCAGCUGACUUCCCUCCAGAUAUUCAGUCGAAGCUGGACGAGAUGCAGGAGGGGUUCAAAAUGGGACUAACCUUGGAGGGCACCGUCUUCGCUCUGGACCCCCUAGACAGCCGCUGCUGAUGCCAUGAAGAUGCUCUUUGUCGUGUACUUUUAACUCGUUUGUAUGAAGAAGUGCCAAAAUAUCCACUCCCCGACUGAGUCAAGAUGUCACGGUUUUCAUCUUGAGGUUUAUAUGCAUUUGCAUUUAGAUUGGGUUUUUUUUGUGGAUAUUUCGAGGGUUAGACUCAGAUCCAUUAUAGAAAAGAACUAUUUUUGUAAAAAAGAAGAAAAAGGAAGUACUUUUGCUUGCACAGGCAAUGAGAGAUGUAAAUAGUCGAAUAUGUCCAAUGGUACACUCUGUGGCAGAAUUUUCAUAUGAGACAGUUUGUGUGUAUGCACCAUUUGAACUAUAUUGUUGUAUUGUUAACACAUUCCUGUUUGUAUGCCAAACACAAGCUGGCGAAGAAAAUAAAUGGAAUCUGUAUCAUUAACACAAACAUCAGCUUGCCCAUAACAUCACAUAUCUUAUUUUACUCAAAAUUAUAGUUUAUUAAUCCAGGCUGAUAUUUUCUUUGAUUUACCAAUCUUUCAACCUUUUGUUUUCAACAUUGAGUUGUUGUUUAUAUUUUUUGCAUUCCGCAGGUUUGAGUUGCCAUUUCAGUAUUUACCUGUCAUAUUUUUUAAUUGUCAUCAUUUAGUCUCCUCUUUUCUUGCACCAGAAGGCACUUUUUUGGACAGACUCCAUAUACAGUACUUUUCCAUAUUUUUACUUUUGGUUGCAUUGACUUUGCUGUUACAGAUAUUAAAGAAAAUCU